CCUUUCUAACCGUCUCAGUUGUCGGUGAGGCCGGCCGGGCGGAUCCCACAUUAGAGUGAAACAGAAAAAUAAAAAGCAACACAACAACAAUAACAACUUGGCCUUUUACCUAAAUUAAGCUAUCAAGCUUCCCCGAGGAUAUAUAACAACAAGAUGCCCUCAGCAAUGAAUGCAAACAGGACCGUGCAAUCCGCCAGUCCAGAGGUGGGAUCCGCUCCAGGGUCGAUGGGCGGCUGUGGCCAGUCCGAGGUCUUGAAGCAAGUGCUGGGCGUCAUCGACAAGAAGGUCCGCAACAUGGAGAAGAAGAAGAGCAAACUGGAUGAUUACAAAGUCAGGAAGAACAAGGGAGAAGGUCUCAACCAGGACCAGCUGGAGGCUCUCUCCAAGUACCAAGAAGUCACGAACAACUUGGAAUUUGCCCGAGAGUUGCACAAGACAUUUAUUACGUUGGGACAAGAUCUCCAGAAGGUGGUGAAGAAGUCUGCACGGCGGGAGCAGCUGCAGCGAGAGGAGGCAGAGCAGCGGCGGCUCAAGAACAUCCUUGAGCUGCAGUUUGUCCUUGACCGGCUGGGAGACGAAGCGGUGCGGCUGGACCUGAAGCAGGGCGUGGGAGGCUCGCCGCUCCUCACCGACGGAGACCUUUCCACGUUUGAUGAGUUCUAUAAGUUGGUGGGACCAGAACGGGAUCAGAGUGUGAGGUUGAUUGACCAGUACGAAGAAGCAUCUGUGCACCUUUGGGACCUGCUUGAAGGGAAGGACAAGGCUGUGGUUGGAACUACAUACAAGGCACUGAAAGACAUAUUGGACCAGGUUCUGCUGAGCGGAUACUUUGACCGGAUUGCCUCUCUCCAAAACGGAGUGUGUGAGGAGGAGGAGGAGGAGGAAGAGCCGGCAGCUGUAGCGGCAGCAGCAGUGGCACCAGUCGCCGAGUCAUCAGAGGCAGAAGAGCAGACGGCUGAUCCAGAAACUGAAGUCGCUGAGGAAUUCACAGAGGCUCUCACAGUGGAAACCACAGAAUUCAUAAACAGACAGUUCAUUCCAGACAGCUCUUACAGCGGCAGUGAAAAGGAGCAGGCGGAUGAGUGGACCAGGGAACCCGAGGCUGUCAGUGCCUUGCAGCAGCAGCAACCCGUACAGCCGACAGCGCCACCUGUUGCUCUGGAGACCCACCCCAUGAACCUCGCGUCUCCCGUUCCCCCGACUGACCCCAUGGUCCGCAAGCAGGUGGUGCAGGACCUGAUGGCACAGAUGCAGGGAACGUACAACUUCAUGCAGGACUCCAUGCUGGAGUUUGACGGACCGCCCAUCGAUCCCGCCAUCGUGUCGGCGCAGCCCAUGAAACCUGCUCAGCCUUUGGACGUACCGCAGAUGGUUUGUCCUCCAGGUCACCCCGAGUCCCGGCCAACGCAACCCACUUCUGUUCCUGUGCAGCCCGAGCCCACACAAGUCCCCAUCGUCUCACCGACACCGCCGCCGUUGUACCAGACCUCUCACACACCGGAUUCUCGACCCUCGACAGAACCAAUCGACCCAAUCCAGACCUCCAUGUCAUUGUCGUCAGAACAGCCUCCCCUCUCCACUGCCCUCCCUCCUGCCUCUCAGACGCAGGUCUUUCAGCCUGUUUCCAAAGCUCCUCACAGCAGUGGCAUCAAUGUCAAUGCAGCUCCAUUCCAGUCAAUGCAAACAGUGUUCAACCUUAAUGCCCCAGUCCCGCCAGCUAAUGAGCCCGAGGUCCUGAACCAGGCCAACCAGUACCAGAACAGCUACAACCCGGCUUUCAGCAGCCAGUCGCAGCAUUCUGUGGAGCAGACGGAGAUUCAGUCUGAGCAGCUACAGUCUGUAGUCGGUGCCUUCCACGCCCAGGACCAGAGCGGAGGCCACCAGCAGCCUCCUCAGCAGGGCCCGGGCUUCGGCAGGCAGCCUCAGUCCUUCUACAACAGCAGAGGCAUGAGCCGCGGCGGGCCCAGGAACGCCCGCGGCAUGAUCAACGGCUACAGAGGCGCCUCCAACGGGUUCAGAGGUGGUUAUGACGGUUAUCGCCCUCCCUUCGCCAGCACUCCCAACUCUGGAUAUGGACAGCCCCAGUUCAACACACCUCGCGAUUAUCCAAAUGGGAAUUAUCAGAGGGACGGUUACCAACAGAACUACAAGCGAGGAGCCGGCCAAGGCCCCAGAGGAGUUUCACGAAGCAGCACUCAAGCAAUUCGAUCCUGAAAUGGCCUUUUAAAAUGACUGUGACUGAAAAAUUUGCACCACACUGAAAAAUUUAAAAUUCAUGAAUGCAUUUCCCCAUCUCAUGUUUGCUCUGAUUUCUUUGUUCCUUAUCAGUGGUAUUUUUACUUUCUGUCUCUUCAAUCAAAGUGAUGCGAGCUUUGAUAUCUGGAAAUAAUAAAUCAUUUAAAGCUCAAAACACAAGGUAAGCUGUGAACCCAAUCACUGGUUCACACCAGCCGUGUGUACCAACAGUCCUGUAAACUUGAAAGAUUCCAUAAGUUAUAUAUAAAUAUAUAUUUUUUAUUAACCAAUGCACCUGCCACUGCUGGUCCAAAUUAUGGGAGUUUCUUUCCCUUCUUCGGUUCUUUUCUGUCAUUUUGGUUCAAAGAAAGAAGACUUUUUGUUUAACAAGCUCCCGUAUUCUUGUUUGUAAAUUGAUGUUGCUUCAAGAGUUUCAAUAAAGUUGUGUUGCAUAAUCA